CUGCAAUCAGUGUAUUUUUGUUGUAAGACAUUAAUUUCUCCAAGCUUCUACCACACUUCUCGACAACUGCAUGCAAUAAAAAAAAAAAUAAACAAAUCGAAGAAAGUAUCAGGGGUUGUGCUUUCGAGACUUGCACGUGUAAGGGACGAAAUAUCCAAAUAACAUUGGCAGCGAGUACAUUUUUAAGUUCAGCAAAAUGAAGAACAAUAUUGUGGACGUGUUGUCCCUUCAAAACAAAGCCCAGGAAAAUAAAUUGCAGAAGAUCACACCCACAGAUUACAGGAAAAUUGACAAGGAAGGCGUUGUUCCCAGAUUUCUGUUCGAAUGUGCCAUUAAGCUACAGAUUAAACCAUUGACAUCAGCCACUGCAGCCAUCAUAUAUCAUCGCUUUUACAGAGAAAUGGAAUCGACAGACUACGAUGAAUAUUUGAUAGCUGCAUCAUCUUUGUACUUGGCUGGAAAAAUUAAAGACGACCCCGUUAAAAUCCGUGAUGUUAUUAACGUUGCUCACAUCACUCUGAAUAGGGGUGCUUCACCACUUGAAUUGGGCGAUGAAUAUUGGUCGAUGCGGGAUGCCAUUGUACAAGCAGAGCUUUUAAUAGCACGCACACUAAAAUUUGAUUUGAAUAUAGAACAUCCGCACAAGUACUUACUCUACUAUAUGAAAACCCUUCAGGAUUGGCUGGGCUCAAAUGUUUGGGGUUCGGUGCCAAUUGCCAAAACAGCAGCAUCCUUUCUACAGGAUUUCCACCAUAGUCCGAAAAUUUUAUUACAUAAACCAACACAUAUUGCCAUUUGUUGUCUUUCAUUGGCAUUACAAACGUAUGGAGUGCAAGUUCCACUAACAGAUGAAUCUGAUGAUCAAUCCCAGUGGUAUACACCUUUUGUCUCCGACAUUACUAAAGAAAAACAUUGGGAGAUUAUCGAAGAUAUCAUUGAAGUAUACAAACACGAAUCGGAUAUCAAUAAUAUGUAAAGAUUGACAAAAAAAAGGAUAUUUUUACCAAUAUCAAGAUAGGAAGUUACAAGUACGAAUCAUACCAUAGACAAAGGAAAGGAUAGACUUUGAAAUUCAACAUUUUAAUAAAUUAACUCAAAAGUUUUCCGUUCCAUGUUGCACGGGUUCCUUGCGCACUGACAUAUUACCGACUGAGAAUUUGAAAUUUCUUUCAUUUGUUAGAGCUUUUUUCAACAUAUUGCUAUGAGUCUAUGGAUUUCCUUUGUCUAUGAUCAUACAAAGCAGGUGUACAAUUUUUUGUACAUAUCGCUUCUUAAACAUUAUCAAGAUUGUUUUUUAUUGGCGUUCAUCGAAAUAUUACAUUAUUCAUUAAUUUUUAAGAUCAAUCACUUCUUACCAACCUAUCCAUUUUCCAUUUUAUGAAUAUGUAUUUUUGUAUAAAUUUUAAAUAUAUUUCAUUGCGAAAAUUUUCA